AGCAACUGAUCGGAACUCUGUUAAGCUGCUAGCUCCGGGCAAGUUCGACCAAUGGCUGCUAAGCCAAGCGCUGCCGAGGUAGCGGUGACCGUGACUCCGGUUACCCUUUCUGUUGCCGCUUGCUCCGGCAGGCAUGUUGAAUCAACUGAAACUGCUCUCGGCGCAGAGGUUCACCUCUGCAUCAAUAAAAUCAUGAUUCAUAGGUAUCCUGCGAUUCUUCAAAAUCUAAAAAUGGAUUACUACCGCUACUUCGUCCCGAGUGUUGUGGCAAUUGGCCCCUACCACCAUGGUGCACGCCACCUUCAGGAGGCGGAGAAGAUCAAGUGGAGUGCCGUCUGCGAUUUCUGCAAGAACACAGGGCACUCGGCAGAUGAAGUAUACUGGAAGAUCCUCCCCAUCGCAAGCGGUGCCCGAAGCUGCUACGAGGGCGAUGCGGUAGUAGGCGUUCGAAAAGCCGAGUUUGCAGCUAUGAUGAUACGCGAUGGUUGUUUCUUGCUGCAAUUUAUGGCUCAUAUGUGCGAUGUAGCCGUUGACCCAUUGUUACAAACUUGGUUCGGCUCCAAGCAACCUAGCAUCUUGAGGGACAUGUUUAUGCUGGAGAACCAGAUCCCGUGGGUUGUGCUCGAGGCCCUGAUGACCUUCAUGCCCGUACCCGUGCCCGUGGAUAACUUCAUCUCUAAUGCAGGGGCAAGUUUCAAUGUCAGGUUGGAUGAUAACAUUAAUCCUUUCGACUUGAAUGAAAUUAGCUGCAAACCACAUCUCCUUGGCCUCCUCCGAUACUACCAAUCAGGAUUGAGCAAGCUUGGUGAAAGCAGCUGGGUCCUCAAGCGCCCUGAAGGGGUCACUACUGCACUGCGACAAUCUAGCAGCGCCAUCGAGCUUGCAGAAAUCGGCAUCGAUGUUGUCGCCACCGAGGCGUCAUGGUUCGCGGACAUGAAAAUAAGCAAAGGCCUCCUAUUCGGCAAGCUCUCCAUGCCACCGCUGGUCAUGGACGACCUCAAUGCAUGCUGGCUCCUCAACAUGGUGGCGCUCGAGUCUUACUUGGCAUUUACUGGUAAGAAUGACGUGCAAACGGUCAGCUCGUACAUAUCCCUCCUCGCGAUGCUAAUGAACCGGAAGGAAGAAGUACACGAGCUGCGGCUGAAGGGUAUAUUGCAUGGCAAAUUCAGUGACAAGUGCACGCUCAGUUUUCUGAAGAACCUUGCCGGGCUCAUUAGCCUCCCCCCGCAACACGUAUGCUUGCUGGCACAUCUUGAGGCCUACCAGCGAAAAAGGUGGAUGUGGAUUCCCAUACACAAGUUCCUCUACAACAACUACAGGAUCAUCGUCACCGUGUUCUCCGUCAUCGGCGUUCUCGUCGGCAUCUUCAAAACACUCGUCUCUAUCGAGCAACAGAUGCAGUUAUAGUUAGCAAGCUAGCUGGCUUCAUCGAUCGGCAAAAUGCAGGAGUUUCUGCCUGUUUCAUCUUAAGAAGAAGAGAGAAAUCAUUACACAAGCAAUCCGCAGUCUCAGAAAGCUCCAAAAACAGGGAGUUAUCCCAAACAGAACAAUCAAAAACGCUGCUACAGCACAGGUAAAAAGGGGGAUUAAGUCGGUUUAAAUCCCUACUAAAUAUUUACCUUUUGCAUUUAUAUGUACGCCCAAAUGCUCACUGCUCCUGAUCGGAGCAGUAGGCAUAAUCCAUCCUUGUGUACCCUUUUAUUUUUCUAACUAAAUUCCUGCUUGUACCUUAAUUCCGACUUUGUAAUGAACACUAUCUGAAUUCCGUGUGUAUGACUUUAACAUUAUUUGGUCAAUUCAAAUGCCACGAAUCUGCUGGUGUUGUGCUGCAGAUGCAUGGGAUCAGUCACUUGUGCCUGCA